UGUGUCUCGCUGGAUAUCCUUGACAUCCCUAACUUGGCCUUACCUUACCUUAUGAGUAUACUACACACCACCACCACCACCACACUGCACACACGAAUUCUUUCUCUUCCAUGUAACCCACAUCGUCCUCCGAGUCCGACCCCUCCCCGUUGCACCAGCCUGCGCGUUCCUCGAUCACCGCAGGAUAGUCAAGGUAGCACCUCCGUUUCUGCUUACCUUUGUGAGAUUCACCGGCACCUCGGUGUGUUGGCCGUGUGUCAGCGGGAGAGAGCGAGAAGAGCGCGAGAAAAGGCUAAGCAGCAGGCGAGCCAGCUCUUGCAGGAGGAGAGUUUCCCGGGUCUCCCGUCCCCUUGCUGCCGGCGGCCACCAGUCCCUCUCUUUCCUACCCCCCCUCCGAGCGUACCUAGCAAUCGAGUUUGAGACAGGAAGAAAAAUUUCGGGAAACCUGGAAUAUAAUGCAUAGACUCGGGUGCCUGUCAAGUCACCCGUUAUAGGCCGGAAGAAUGAGGGUUGCGAUCCGGGAGCAGCUAGCAGCCCUCGUGCUACUCGCUGUGCUCGUCGCGCUCGCCAUCGUCUCUAUACCAACCUGGAUCUUCGUGAACCGCUUCGUUUCCGGAGUCAAGACGGAUGGGCUCGCCUUGACCGCAUCGCUCAAGGCCGCGCAGGUGGCAUCCGAGAUCGAGUUGAUCCAGACGACGUGCAAUCACAUAGCUACGCGGCUGCUGCUCCAAUCCUCCCUCCGAGCCUUCUAUCGCGGCAAUGACUCCGAAGUCCUCUGGAGACAGGCCGCUUCCGACAUCAGCAGUGCCCUCACCUCCCGUGUCGGCAUCACCUCGAACCUUCUGCAGGCGCGGCUCUUUUCGCGAAAUCUGACCGGUGCCGAUCGUCCCGAUGGGCUGCUCAGCAUCACGGGUGCCAACAUCUCCGAGAUCAGACUGCCGUACAAGGCAGCCGACGGAUCAGAUGCCAUCCUCGGCGACAACGGCUCGGGCUACCCUCCGAUGCUAUACCCGAACAUCACCUAUUACAACUCGACGGAGCCCGACCCCGGCUACCCGAACCACACUGCCGUCGUGGCCAGGCCGUUCCCGGAUAUCCGAAUCGACUCAACCGUGAACGGGAUGGUUCUGGGCCCGCUGAUUGUCAACGAAACCUACGCUCUGAUCUCUCUAACCAUCCCGGUUCGCUUCAACAGACAGAACGACCUGAUACUCGGGUACAUGACUACCGUCGCCGAGGCCUCGUCGCUCAUCAAGAUCGCGGAUUCGAGAGAGGGUCUGGGCUCGACCGGUUCCGUCCUCAUCAUCGGUCCCUCUACGGGAUGGAACCGCUUCAGCAAGUACAACCUACCGGCGAACGCGAGUCAUGAGGCGGCUACGAAUUUCUCAAACGUUGAUGUCAAAUUCAUCUUGCCGCCGCGACCCGUGCGCGGCCAACCUGACCGGCAUACCUGGCACAACUAUGCGUCCGGGAACUUCGACCGGCCGUUCAAGGUAUCCCAGUUCGAUGCCGUCCAUCGCGUCUUUACGCAGCGGAAUCCCUCCGUCAAUAACGCGAGCAGCAUGCUCUCUACGAAGAACGAACAGGAGAUCCCGGUUGCGGUUGGCUAUGCUCGCCCGCAAACCACCUUGGUGAACUGGACACUCAUCGUCGAGCAGGACAAGGCUGAGGCCUACAUCCCCAUCGAAACCCUCCAGCAGAUCCUCCUCGGCUGCGUCUUCGGAACGGUAGGACUCAUACUGAUACUGGUGAUACCCUGCGCGCACCUAAGCGUCUUGCCGAUCCGGAGGUUAAAGGCUGCUACCGAGAAGUCCAUUGCUCCACCCGGUUACAGCGACACUUACUCGGACGACCUAGGCUACGAUGACGAUGAGCAUCACGGGUCGAGCAGCACGAGCAGGAAGUCGACUAACGGCACGCUAGCCCGGUUAAAAAGAUACAUUCGGAGGCAGACACGUCCAAGACUCACUAGCACGGCGCAGGAGAACGAGGCGAGGCGUAUUUUCAAAAUUCCGGGCAAGGUCAACGAUCGAAGGCACCUUAUAACGGACGAGCUCACAGAGCUGACCACCACGUUCAACGAGAUGAGCGACGAGCUGCUGCGGCAGUACACGUCCCUCGAGGACAAGGUAGCGGAGAGGACACGUGAGCUCGAGAUCAGCAAGAAGGCAGCCGAGGCCGCGAACAAGAGCAAGACAUUGUUUAUAGCGAACAUCUCCCACGAGCUAAAGACGCCCCUAAACGGCAUCAUGGGCAUGUGCGCCGUCUGCAUGGAGGAGGACGACCUGGUGCGGAUCAAACAGUCGCUGAAGACGCUUUACAACUCGGGCGACCUGCUCCUGCACCUGCUAGAAGACCUCCUAAGCUUCUCGAAGAACCAGAUCGGCCAGCAACUGAGUCUCGAGGAGAGGGAAUUCCGGCUGGGAGAUGUCCGGGCGCAAGUGGUAACCAUCUUCGACAAGCAGGUCCGCGAGGGGGGGAUCGACUUUUCGGUCAUGUUCUUGGGCCCCGACGCCGAUCCGGGCACGAGCUCGGAACCGGUGGCUCUCGACGAGAAACUACCGGCGAUCGGUCCCCUCGGGACGGGUAGGUUGAAGGACAUGUGUCUGUGGGGCGACCAGCACCGCAUCCUCCAGGUGCUCAUCAACCUCGUGAGCAACAGUCUCAAGUUCACGCCCCCCGGCGGGAAGGUGUCGGUAAGAAUACGAUGUCUCCGCGAGAUCGAACAGCAGCAGUACGACGACAGCAGGACGUCGUCCCUAUCGAAGGGUGGCUCCAACCGGCCGGGGAGGACUAGACACAGAGUAGGUUCGGGUUCGAACAAGUCGAACAGCUCGAGAGAAGCGCCGGUCACCCCGACGCAAUUAAAGGCGGGGGGCACCGCGCUGUCAAUCAACCCCCUAGACCCCAGAGCCGUGCCGCACAUACGCAUACGCGAGAGAUCCCCGACGCCGCCACCGCCCAGCGCGAAGUCGUACCUGUUCGAGUUCGAGGUCGAGGACACCGGCCCCGGCAUCCCGGAGCACAUGCAGCAGCGCGUCUUCGAGCCCUUUGUCCAAGGCGACCUCGGCCUCAGCAGAAAGUUUGGAGGGACGGGCUUGGGACUGAGCAUCUGCCAGCAGUUAGCCAACCUCAUGGGGGGAAGCAUCUCGCUCAGGAGCACUCUUGGCUUCGGCACGACCUUCACGAUGCAGAUCCCCCUCAAGUACACGAAGGACAGGGCCUCGAGCACCGCUUCCAGCAGCAUCGAGUCCCGCUCACCCAGCGCUUGCGGCUCGGUAGAGGGCGACGACCGGAGGAACUCGCUGACGCAGACGGCAGUGGAGGCGCGGGCGCGGGCGCGGGUGCUCGACCGGCAGCCGCGGCUCGUGGGGCUCAGCCAGCCGUUCUUCGCGGCGCAGCCGAAGGCGAACACGGGGCCGGCAGCGGAGGGGCGGAUCAAGGCGGUGGAGAUCGCGCGGGCGCACAAGGGCGGCGAGGGCAAGCUGCGGGUGCUGGUGGCGGAGGACAACCCGACGAACAUCGAGGUGGUGAGCCGGAUGCUGAAGCUGGAGGACGUGUACGACGUGACGAUCGCGAACGACGGGCAGGAGGCGUACGAGCUGGUGAAGGCGAGCAUGGAGAGCAACACGCACUUCGACCUGAUCUUCAUGGACAUCCAGAUGCCGAACCUGGACGGGCUGCAGACGACGCGGCUGAUCCGGAAGAUGGGCUACUCGGCGCCGAUCGUGGCGCUGACCGCCUUCUCCGAGGAGAGCAACGUCAGGGAGUGCAUGGAGUCCGGUAUGAACGAGUUCCUCAGCAAGCCGAUCCGCCGCCCCGCCCUCAAGCAGGUCCUGCGCAAGUUCGCCACCAUCCCCGAGGAGCCCGAGACGCUGUCCCUGUCGCGCAAGAGCACGCCCGAGAAAGGCGGCGCCGCCGCUGGUCCCGAAUCCAACGGCCCAGCGCCGCCCAGGGAGAACGGCGUGCACAACGAGGCCGAAGACGAAAAGGGCGCCGAUCACCCGUACAUGAACGGCACGCAUUCGCCGUCACCGCGACCACCGCCCACGGCACCGUAGGGCCGUCCCCGGCCCCAGAGGAACAUUGUCCUCUUCCCAUUUGCUCACGUUGGAAAGAAGUAAACGCUCACGCACACGCCGCCACCUCACGAUACUGCUCGCCCUAUCUAUUGCCCAUCGCCACGAUUUCCACGUACGCUCAGACCCUCGAUGCGACCUAUGCUAUAGAACACGUCUUGACACCCUCUCACCCUGUCCCAUCACUCGUCCAUCUCCCUCCCUAAUCUCUUCCUCCACUACCGCAUUACGACCACGACCGUCUUCGCCCUCCUAUAUCUACCUACCUCCCUAUCUAUCCGACCACACGCAGCUCAGUCGGGAACGAAGCGGGCGCACAAGAUAAAAGCCCCUAUCCUGCGAUCCAUACCUCUACAGCUGCUCCCCCUACCACCUUUACUUACCCUAUCCUAUUCACCCCACCGUAUCCUACCUACUCCAACGACCCCCCCGCGAAGCACAGACGCCGACGCGGGUCUAAUUUGCAGAUGCCGAAAAAAGCGGCGCAGGCGUUCCGGAUUUGUUUCCCUCUCCCGUUUUCGCAGCAUAGUUAUUGUUAUUAAUUCUCGGUCCUGCCGAUUAUUUUUUUUAUUUCUCUUUUUUUUUCAUUUCCUCUUUAGCAACCCCCCCCCUCUCCGCCUUCCCCCCGCGGUUCUCAACAUACGAGAAAGGAAGAGAGGGGGGCGCGCG